GUGUGAUAUGGCGGCCGCUGUCCGCUGAUGUGGAUGUUAUAGAAGCAGUUUUUGAAGGUGGAGCAGUGUCGGUCAGCUGUGCUUACAGUUGCCACUGCAGUAUCACUUCCCCGUUUCCUCUGCUGACAUUCAAAAAUGGAACUUUCACCUGCAGUGUGUCUUGUUUCACUUCAGUUCUGCUUUGCAGCAACCCCUGAAAAGGGAAACGAUUCUGUAACUGUUUUCUGAUCCCUCAGAAGUGUGCAGCAUUAUCAUGGCCUGCUGUAAAUCAUCUUUCAUCUGGAUUUGCUCCACUGCUCUACUGACUGGAUGGGCUCUCACACAGGGUCCAGAAGCCCACUGGACCACAAGUGAAACAAUCCACUCUUGCAACUGGACGUGCAUGAUUUUCACAGUGCAGUGGCCAGGGAGCUUCUGUCUGAGCCUUGAACAUAAAAAUAUCUGCAAGAUACCAGAAAACAUUCGGAACUGGACCAUCCAUGGCCUGUGGCCUGAGCACACUCAAGGCUGCUGUUCUUGUUGGCAAAUCUAUCACUCCCAUCUUCAGGAGCUGGAGCCUGAACUCUCUCAGCUUUGGCCAUCACUGGUUAAAACAAAGACCUGCUUUGGUUUCUGGAGAGACGAAUGGUUUAAACACGGAACAUGUGCUGCCUGUGUGGAGAGCAUGGGUUCUCCAGCUGAUUAUUUCAGAACCUCACUCAAACUCCGCACGCUCUUUGACAUUGAUAAUGCCCUCACCAAUGCAGGUAUCAAGCCUUCCUGCAACAUCUCCUAUAAGCAUGAGGAUGUGCAUGCUGCGCUGGGGCCGUUCCUUGGAGACAAUUAUGUCUUACAGUGUGUGAAGGAUGAGAAGGAGCGAGAGGCAUGGGUGCAGCUCAAGAUCUACAUCUCUAAGAACAUCACUCUUGGAUGCCACAAAGAGGAAAAGGAACACAUACUCAAGGUUGCCAAGGCCACAAACACCUCUUUAGGACAUCCAUGUCCCAAGAACAGCACCUUCUUCUACUUCCCAAUUGACUAUGAGCAUCCCAAACAACCCUGCAUCUGAACAUGGCAGCUUAUGACAAGCAUCAGCUUGAAGGGAGCUAAGGCAUAAAGCCUCAAUUCUGAUGAGCAUUCAUGCAGGUGACUUAAAGCAUUAAAGCAAAAAUAUGAGCUAGCUGGUAGGGCAGGAACACACCAUGUGUAGCUUAUUUUACAUCCACAGUACAUGCCUACCCAGACAGAGCAAACAUUCUCAAUGAGAGCUCCUCUUGAUCUCAGGUACUUCUCCCAGACACAAGUCCAGUUUGAAAUCAGAGUGAGACUUAAACCAUUUUCUCUUGGUUCUAAAAUUUGGCUCCUGAGAAAUAACCCUCACUUUGAUCAAAAUGUUGUCACACAUGAGGUUUAACACUUGUGUCUGACUCAUCUCAUCCCAGUCUCAGCUGAAUAAUAUUUCCAUAAGAAAAAAGUAUAAGAUCUCAUUGUUUUCUUAUAAAGCUCUAUUCUAUAUUACAGAACUGUUUCUGCACUCCAUCAGUGUAGAAGGAGAACUCAUACUUUUCUCCUUUAUCACCAGAACUUCUUACAGUGAAAUGCUGAUGUUAAUCUCCUCUUUUUCUCCUAAGAGGGGCUUAGGAGAAACAAUUCAGACAUCAGUGAUCCUUCAUUAAUAUAAUAUUGAGAUCUGCUUUAUUUCUCUAACACAAUCUUAAGAUUUUUUUUUCCUUUGGGUAAUUAAGAAACAAAAUAAAUUAAUGUAAACAUAAAAGAAUGUAGUACAACAUUACAAGUUUCACAUUUUAUUGACAUGGAAUCAGUUUGCCCAAAAGCAAGUCUCUACACCAAAGAUGAGCUAUAUCCACUAAAACACUGACUAAUUAAAAAAAAACAAACAAACAUAACAUUGUAAAAUGCAAACCA